AUGGGUUUAUCCAUCUCAAAAUUGUUGCAGAGCCUUUUUGGUCAUAAGGAAAUGAGAAUAUUGAUGGUUGGUUUGGAUGCUGCCGGUAAAACCACCAUCUUAUACAAAUUGAAGUUGGGUGAAAUUGUUACAACUAUUCCAACCAUCGGUUUCAAUGUUGAGACUGUUGAAUACAAGAAUAUCUCAUUCACCGUUUGGGAUGUUGGUGGACAGGAUAAGAUUAGACCUCUAUGGAGACACUACUAUCAAAAUACCCAAGGUAUUAUCUUCGUUGUCGACUCUAACGAUAGAGACCGUAUUGGCGAGGCCAGAGAGGAGUUGCAGAGAAUGUUGAAUGAGGACGAGCUUAGGGAUGCUGUUCUAUUGGUGUUUGCAAAUAAGCAGGAUCUUCCAAACGCUAUGACUGCCGCCGAAAUUACUGAAAAGCUUGGUCUCCAAUCUAUCAGACCAAGGCCAUGGUUCAUUCAAGCAACUUGUGCUACCUCUGGUGAUGGUUUGUACGAGGGAUUGGAAUGGCUUGCAUCUACUCUUAAGAGCGCAUAA